AUGAUUGCUACUGACAUGGGGGAUCUUGGGCCUGAAGGGCUACGAGGACUACCUGGUCUGGUGGGACCUCAGGGCCCAGGAGGACGAGCCGGCCUGCCUGGAUUGAAAGGUGAUAAGGAUGAAGUGGGACAAAGGGGCGAACCAGGAGAGAUGGGGUACCAAGGCGAUAAGGGUUCUGCUGGUGUUCCUGGUCCUACUGGUCCAAGAGGAAAACCUGGACCACCGGGCAAAAUUGGUGAGAUGGGGGCACAAGGACCACAUGGGCCUCCAGGACCAGAGGGCUUUCCAGGGGACAUUGGAGUACCAGGGCCCAACGGUCUACAAGGACCAAAGGGUUUGCAGGGUGCAAGAGGGCCCCAAGGCCCGCCCGGGCCACAAGGGAUACAGGGUCCAGUAGGCCUGAUUGGGAUAGCUGGGGUGAUAGGAGUUCCUGGUGAAAAGGGUGACCGAGGGCCAGCAGGUCCAACAGGUCCAGCCGGAGAGAAAGGGCCAAGGGGGUACCCAGGGUUGCCAGGAGGUCCAGGGGACAUCGGCAUGCAAGGUGCACCUGGUCCACAGGGGCAGAGGGGCAGUCCUGGCACCGCUGGGACAAAGGGCAGGAGGGGGCCCCAAGGUCCAGAUGGCCCACUGGGAGAACCAGGGCCUGAGGGCCCCAAGGGUGAAAGGGGUGACACUGGCAAAAAAGGAGAACCAGGGUUCAUAGGCAAGGCUGGAAAUCCAGGAGAGAGAGGCCCCCAUGGGAAGCCUGGAAAACCAGGUAUUCCUGGCAGCACCGGGGAGAGGGGGCCCCAGGGUGAACCAGGACCCAAAGGACCUCCUGGAGAGGCAGGACCUGAUGGAGAGCAAGGAAAUGAAGGUGGGCCUGGCAUAGAGGGUGAACUGGGUGCCAUUGGCGAGCCGGGGUUAAAGGGUGAUGCUGGGCCUCCAGGAGUUGAAGGAGAGCAGGGACAGGAGGGAAUCAGAGGUCCUCCUGGUCCCCCUGGUGAAGACGGUCCUCAAGGGAAAGAUGGACCCAAGGGUGAUCCCGGUGAGCGUGGGCCAAUUGGAGAGCCAGGGGACAAAGGGACAGAAGGAGACCCUGGGCCCCCAGGGCCACCCGGUCAGCCUGGGAAACAGGGUUUUCGUGGGCCAGAAGGAAAACUGGGGCCUCCAGGAAACAGAGGACGACACGGAAAGAAAGGAGAGAAAGGUCCUCCAGGUCUUGCUGGUGAGGUUGGCACACGAGGAGACAACGGCCAGCCAGGCGAGGCAGGGCUGAAAGGUGCCAGAGGAACUCGAGGCCCACCAGGUCGGCCUGGAGUCAUGGGGAGAGAAGGGCAACUAGGAUUGCCGGGAUACACAGGUCACCCUGGCAAGCCUGGACCCAUUGGACCACCCGGGCCUAAAGGUGAAAAGGGUUAUCCAGGCGAGGACAAUAUGACCCCAGGACCCCCAGGGCCCUUAGGUGAACCAGGGCCUCCAGGUGAACAAGGAGAGCGUGGAGAGCCAGGGGAUGAAGGAUAUCAGGGCCACAUUGGUACCACUGGAUCUCGCGGGGCAGUAGGACCACCAGGCGCACCGGGAUCACCAGGCCUGCCUGGAGAACCAGGCCCGAAAGGAGAGAUAGGCACUCUGGGCUCAGCGGGAAAGAAAGGAGCAAGGGGGCUGAGUGGAGCUCCUGGCGUCGAAGGGCCAACAGGUUUUCCUGGAUUCACAGGAUUAAGUGGUUACCCCGGCCCAGAUGGUCACCCAGGACUGACUGGUUUACCAGGACUACCAGGAAAACAAGGGCGACAGGGCCAGAGAGGCUUGCAGGGCAAGGAGGGACCUGCUGGACGUCCAGGUCCCAGGGGAGAGGUUGGACUUCCUGGACUGCUUGGAGAAAUAGGACCACAUGGUCAGAAGGGGGAGCCAGGCCUGUCAGGAGACACGGGACAAUCAGGUGUCAAAGGCAUGGAGGGGGCUACAGGUAACCAGGGCAGGAAAGGUGACCAAGGACCCAAAGGACAGCUAGGGCAAUCUGGAGAUCCGGGAAUGGUUGGUUUGCAAGGCUUUCCAGGACCUAAGGGGCCAAAUGGUGAUUUUGGUUUGAAAGGUUUCCUUGGCCCAAAAGGCCCUAUGGGUACUCUGGGAUUCAACGGACCUGUAGGCCCUGAAGGAAUGAUUGGCCCAAUGGGAAAACCUGGGCCAAAGGGUCCAAAAGGAAGCAGUGGUGAAAUGGGGCCCCAAGGACCUCAGGGAAGUCCAGGACCCAGUGGACCCCCUGGUGCUCCAGGUCCAACAAGGCAGAUAUAUGAUGACUCCACAGUCUACAGUCUAUCUGACUCUAACGCUGCCCUCAGGACAGAGAGUUUCCAGAGCACUGAGAUGAGCCUGCCAGACCAGAACUCUGAGAUAAUUAAGACUCUGCGUCACCUGAGCAGUGUGAUUGAGAGCAUCAAAACACCCCCGGGCACAAGAGAGAACCCUGCUCGUGUCUGUAAAGAUCUGCUAGACUGUCAUCACAAGCCAAAAGAUGGUUGGUUCUGGGUUGAUCCAAACGUAGGUUGUACUUCAGAUGCCUUUGAGGUCUUCUGUAACUUCACUGCAGGGGGGCAGACCUGUUUACAUCCUCUGGCCACUAAUAAGAUGGUGUUUGGUGUAGGGAAAGUCCAAAUGAAGUUUCUCCACUUACUAAGCACUGAGGCCAGCCACAGCAUCACACUCCACUGCCUAAGUGAUCCUCCCUAUGACACCACAGACAGCUUCAGCUCCUCUGGCCCCAUACCAAAAGCGAACACCAGGCUUAGGUUUCGUGGCUGGAACAAACAGAUGUUUGAGAAAGACACACUACUUGAACCACAUGUGCUACAAGAUGAGUGCAAGAUCCAAGAUGGCAGCUGGCACCAGUCACGUUUCUUGUUCCAUACUCAGGACAGUCGUCAGCUACCUAUUGUAGAGAUACAGGAAUAUCCCACAUCACAACCCCAUAGUCAGCAACAUAUAGAAAUUGGUCCGGUCUGCUUCCUCUGACACCAACAUCAACGUCCUUUAACCCAUUCACAUAAACUACUAAAACAUAAGGCUGUUACAAAAAUGGCUGCCUACCAAAGAGAGACUUGCUGGAGUGGGUGUCCAUAAGAGUUUGUCAUGAUGGAGACCUGUGACAGGGCCCUGUGUGAGAAACAAAUGCCCAAUAUCCAAUCGAAGGCAUGCCUACAUGGAGCAGCUCAUCUCUGUGGCCAAAGGAAAACAGUGUAUACCAAUAUUUAAUAAAUACAUUUGUAAAAUAUGUUUUGUUUGUUUAAUUGUCAGACACAUGGUGCUCAGGUUGAGUGUAUAUGGACCCAUAUUACUCCCUGGUCAUAGAGUCAGGCCUCACUACGCAGCAGCCUAUCCAAACCACAAUACUCACACCUCCCUCUUACCCAAAACACACCCAGGCCAUCCAAAGCAGGGGCCUAAAGCGAAGGAGCGUGCCAGGUCCCUAACUAAAGGUUUAUAUGAGUGCAAUAGCAUGUGGAUAAUGUGUGCCUGAUUUAAAUAUUUCAAUUUUCAAUCAAAGGCUUUAUUUUACAUUGUUUUCAUGAUAUUUUUGUCUUUAACUACACCUAGUCGGACCUGUUCAUCUUGACGGAUGGUGCUCUACCUCUACCUGCUCAUUUGCUUUCUAGGAUAGUUGCUAAUGUCAAGUUAGUCUUUUUUGCCUUUGUGUUGUAUGUACCGGUUACAUCCAGAUUUGUUAUGUUGUAUAAGUACUUAUUUUGAUUAGGUCAUUUCUAAUUUAUGAACCAUUUUUUGAUACACUACAUAUUUUUUGUAGCGUUUCCUUCUAUGUGGUAGGUUCCUCAGGUGAAACCUAUCAUUGGUGCUGCAAUAAA